GCAAGAGAAGCACUGUACGGUUUUGUCUGUCACAGAGCUGUUGUUUUGUGAAAUAUAGCGGCGAUAAGAAGAGUUUCUUCACAACACAUCGCGAUCUCCGUUUGUUUGGCUGUUCUGCAGCGCAUCAGCUGAAGACUAACAAUAACAGGGGAUGUUUGAGAAAGCGACAAAAAAGCUGGUCCGGCAGAUUGAUCCUAAUGGUUCUCUGAUUGCUUCUUCCAGUCUGAAUGAUUCAAAAAAACUCCAGCCACUUGGGGUGGUGCUGAAAAGACAGAAAGUUUGGUUCUGGCAGCAAACUAAGUACAUACCUACACCCUUCACUCUUCAAGACCUGCUGCUGGGGAAUGCAAUAAAACCAGUGUGUGAGGAGACAGACCUUGUGAAAUAUCAGGGAAUAUACACAAACAUUGUGAGUGGAUCUUUGGAGGUUGUAGGUGGUAAUGUCACCCUAAAUGCAAGUGGACGGGGAACAUCUAAACUCUGCUUAUCUCUCGGGACACUUCGCAAGGAGGAAGUAAAUAUUCCACAACUUCUGAAGGACUCCAGAGGCAGUACCUUAGACACCCAUCACUCCUUGAUUCAGCAGUCACUGAAAAGGAAGAAGGUUUUUACCCUCCUGAAAGAGCGAAUCUUUACCACCUGUGAAUGUUUCAUCUCCUAUACCGGACUGGAGAAAAGCAGCUGCCAUGCCAUUUUGGGAGCAUGUUGUGCAGAGAUAUUCAUGAAAGAGACCGGUAAGCUACAAUACGACUCUGAGAUUGCUAUAGAGAUCCCACCAGACACUGUAAUGGCUUACAGUGUCAUCGAAAUGAACAUCAGCAGUGAUGGCUACUUUGAUUUGUGCGUUGAGCCUAGUGGGAUUGAGGCAAAUGACAUUUCUCAAAAUACCUUUUCUGGUUACUCUGAGGUGGAUGGUCUGUGGGCACCACAAGAGUUCAAGGAGGGGUCUCCACUUAGUACCCUGAAGAAAGCACUAGCAGAUGUUCAGAUGAGGUUUUGUUCACUGGCUGAUCUGUCUGCUGAGUGCUGUUCCUGCUUACUCCGAUUGUUCAGCCAAAUUCUGUUGGAUCGAUGCAUCCUAUCAGCUUUGACAGAUAAGCUCGAGGUGCUAAGCAGUGGCGAAUCACCAUGCUUCUUCAAUAAUGAGUUGUCUGAUGAACAGAGCCAGGUCAUUGGUGCAUUUUUAGACUUGCUGAAGUGCGAACCAUUUGAAAAGUGUGGUCUCACCACAACAUCAAUUGAAUUGUCCAAUCAGAAUGGAUCUCAGGUAUCAACAGCCAAAAACAGUGGUAUUCCUUUGGCAUCUGAAAUGUACGGCUCAUCACAGAAUGGGUGUCACACGGCCGUAUCCCAUCAGAAUGGAAGUUCCUCAAAUGCAAAAGUUCUGAUUGCUAUGCAUAUGCUGAUCAGCGCCACUGAGGAGCUGACAGAUGCUGGACAGGACCUGCUAGGACAUUUCUGCACUUCAGAAGGUCUUAAAAGUCUACAGGAUUUAGCAAAUCUUCUGACUUCUAACUGCUUGCCGAUCUCCAAGGAUACCAUCCCUGUUUUCUUACAAAAGGAGGAUGAAUUUCACAGAGUGCAGAAACUUUUUCAAUCAUGCAAUGUUUUGUUAAGGAAAAAGGAUAACAUAUUGUCCGCUGAAAUUAGCUCUGGGGAGGGAUUCCUUCCGCUGGUAUUAUGUAUAGCCAUCCAUGGCCUUGCAUCCUUAGCUAGUAAGAUUUGGUGAUGGCUGAUGUGUCAAAAUGGGUAAUGUAUGAAAUGUUUCUUGUGUUCUCAAUACUGACUGACAACACCCUAAAACUAGACAGAAAUGUUAAAGAUGGUUUGUACUUGUUUGUCUUUUUUAUCCUUGUUCCUUUUAUAUCAGUUUAUCUAACAGCAAAUAUUUCUCCAACAAAGUGCAUUUAAUACAUUUUUAUAUAUAAUUUCUCAUAAGUCAUAUAUACAUAAUACAAGUUAUUUAUUUUUCCCACUACUAUACAAUGUUUUUAUGCAUGUGCAAAGAUUUAAAAAAAAAUCUGAAUCUGAACUUUUACCAGUUAUAUUAUAAAAGGAUUGAUGUUGUUGUUAUUUACAUUCAAAUCUUAAAGUAUAGGCCUACAAUUAAAACUUUAGUUUUAAAAAAGCAAACUUUGGCUUUGCUUACCUGAGAGCGUUUCAAUUCCUUGGUUUAGUUUAGGAUGGGGUACUGGAGUGGUGGUGGUGUAGUGGUCUAAAGCACGUAACUGGUAAUCAGAAGGUCGCUGGUUCAAUCCCCACAGCCACCACCAUUGUGUCCUGAGCAAGGCACUUAACUCCAGGUUGCUCCAGGGGGACUGUCCCUGUAAUAAGGGCUCUGUAAGUCGCUUUGGAUAAAAGCGUCUGCCAAAUGCAUAAAUAUAUAAAUAUAAAUAUAUACUUUAUUCAUCCCUCAGGGGAAAAUUGAGGUUUAGAUUCGAUUUUAUAGCAUUUAUUCUUUCUUUAUAUAACAUUAAGGAUGCUACCGUCUAUCAGGUCUCUUCAUAAUACUUUUAAGAAUAAUAUAAAGAUUUUUGUGUUCAUGUAUAUCCACAUGUAUAUUGAGUAAUAAGCUUUUGUCACCUCACAUAGAGUAUUUGUGUUAUAAAUUUACAAAGUUCUCCAUUGAAACCAUUUGACUGAAGCCAUCUGGAACUAGCUUUUGUUCAUUUUUCAGAUAUUUUACUUGGAAACUAAAUCUGAUUUUAUAAUGAAAUGUGUGUGUGUGUGUAUAUGUAUAAUUGUGUGUAUAUAUAUAUAUAUAUACACACACAUAUACAUUCAUCAUAUUAUCUAUGAUGUGUUUAUGUAUGUAUUUUCAAUAAAAUCUUAAUA